AUGUUGUCAUUCAUCCUCAUUCAAAAUCGGCAAGGCAAGACUCGCCUGGCCAAGUGGUACGUCCCGUACACCGACGAGGAGAAGAUUAAGCUCAAAGGCGAAAUCCAUCGUCUAGUCGCGCCGCGUGACCAAAAGUACCAGUCCAACUUCGUCGAAUACCGUAACCUCAAGGUUGUUUACCGGCGGUACGCCGGCCUAUUCUUCUGCGCAGGAGUCGACACAAACGACAACGAGCUGGCCUAUCUCGAGGCGAUCCACUUCUUUGUUGAAGUCUUGGACGCUUUCUUUGGCAACGUGUGCGAGCUGGACCUGGUCUUUAACUUUUACAAGGUCUAUGCAAUUCUCGACGAGGUGUUCCUGGCUGGUGAGAUUGAAGAAACAAGCAAACAGGUUGUGUUGACAAGAUUGGAGCACCUGGAUAAACUGGAGUAA